AUGUCGCACGUCCUUAGUCUCCCCGUAGACUACGUGCCCAGUCAUGCUACGAAUACCCUAUUUUCGAGUCUACGGCAGCGUAGGCCGCCCACUGACAACGACUGGCCACAUAACGAGUUUGAUUUUGAGCCCUUUGUGAAACGAGAGCUCCAAGUACGGCUUGACAGCGCUGAUGAUCUCUGUCCACGCUUUGCAGCUAAAGGCCAAUGUGACUGGGGUAGUCGGUGUACACUGCGCCACUGCAUCACACCCUCGCCUUCGAUACCCACCACCAAGACGCGCGACGUGUCUCGUCGCACGGUAUGCAAGCACUGGCUACGUGGCCUAUGCAAAAAGGGCGACCAAUGUGACUACUUGCACGAAUACGAUCUGCGGCGCAUGCCAGAGUGCCGCUUUUACGCUACGUUUGGGUUCUGCAACUCGGCAGAUGAAUGCCUCUAUAUCCAUAUUGACCCCAGUGUUAAGCGACGUGCUUGUGAGCGAUACGAGCGUGGGUUUUGCGAACUUGGUCCGCACUGUCCGAAGAAACACAUUCGUAAGAUGGCGUGCCCGUACUAUCUCGCUGGCUUCUGCCCCCUCGGACCUGAGUGCAACUUGGGACAUAUCAAGGCUCUGUACCCAUCGCCAGCAUCGCGGGCAGCCACGCCUCUACUGACCCACCGUCCUCUUACCAUGGCGGAGGCCUUUGACUGGGCUGCGGCUGCCGAGCUACGCAAGGCUACCGCUGCGGCUAUACGAGAUGGAUCAGCACGCAAGCGUGAACUAGCCGAUGUACAGUGCUACAAGUGCGGCGAGUAUAAUCACUUUGCCAACGCAUGCCCGAACAGUCGCAUGGGAGGCGGAUUCCGUGGCGGUGGUGGUAGUGGAUUCGAUCGUAGCGGUGAUCGUUGGCGCUAG